GGGGCUGCCGAUCGCGGAGCCAAGGGCUAAAGCUGGGAGGUGAGUCAGUCACCUUGAGCCGGGCGAGCGCGGCGGGCCGAGCAGGGCUGCAGGGCCGUGGGCGAGCAGACUGAAAAGAUGCAGGCCAGCAGGUCCCUACUCAUUUCUCCGGCUGUGGUCCGCUGUUGUACCAGGGGCCUACUCAGGCCUGCAUCUGCCUCCUUUCUGAGUAGGCCAGAGGAGUUACCUAAGCAGCCCUCCUACAGCAGCUCCCCACUGCAGGUCGCCAGGCGGGAGUUCCAGACCAGUGUUGUGGCUCGGGACAUUGACACAGCAGCCAAGUUCAUUGGUGCUGGGGCUGCCACGGUUGGUGUGGCUGGCUCAGGAGCCGGCAUUGGCACAGUGUUUGGCAGCUUGAUCAUUGGCUAUGCCAGGAACCCGUCUCUCAAGCAGCAGCUCUUCUCCUAUGCCAUUCUGGGCUUUGCGCUCUCCGAGGCCAUGGGGCUCUUCUGUUUGAUGGUCGCCUUCCUCAUCCUCUUCGCCAUGUGAGCCUCCGUCCUGGCUGCUUGGGCCCCAUGCCGUUCCUGGUGCUGGAGUGCUGAGCUGCACCAUUAAAUGACAUUUCUCUAAACCCA